CUGGAAACGACUUCAACGACAGUCAAAGUUGAUAGUUUAUAUUCACAGCAUCACCGCAACCUUCGCAAGCAGGCACACACACGCACAGGCCGCGCCAGGAGAGAGUUGGGAUUCUGGAGGGGCAGGAGACACAGUAAUAGCAAAAAAUGAUUCAAUUGAAGUCCCUCAUCAAUUGCAUCGACAACUCGGGCGCCGCCAUAGUCGAGUGCAUCAACGUGUUGCGGUCCAAGCGCCCUGCCAAAGUCGGCGAUCGCAUAGUAGUCGUCGUCCAGAAGCAGCGGAACUUUGGGCCCGAGACGGGAAACACCGUGUCGGUCAGCGCAGCAAACAAGGUCCGACGAGGCGAUAUAAGACAUGCCGUGGUGGUGCGCACGGCGAAGAAGUGGCAGCGACCCGACGGGAGCGUGGUCAAGUUCGACGACAAUGCCUGUGUAUUGAUCAACAAGGCCGGCGAGCCCAUUGGCACAAGAGUCAGCGGCGUGGUUGCUGCCGAGCUGAAGAAGAAGCAGUGGUCCAAGAUUCUCUCAUUGGCCCCGAUGCACGUAUAAGCGGCAUUCACGUAUUGCAUAGGGCGGAGUUCUAGGGACACAGGCGGCGGGCAAGACGCAGUCGGUUGAGAUGUUUUGCUCUAUAACCCAUUUGUACAUUAUUUCAGGGUAUCAAUACCAUUCCAAGACACCGA